UUCAAGAUUUGAAAAGUUCAAAAUCUUUCGCUUUUUUAAGUCCAUGUAAGCGCCUUUUUUCGGAGAGGGUUGGAAAGUUAACAACAGUAUCAUGUCUCAUGUCAUCUUAUCCUUCAGUCAUACAGAUAACAACAAAUGGCUUUAUAUUACUCCUAGUCACAUGUGAAUUUAAUGGCAAAAAAUAAUAAUAACAAAUCGGUCCCAACAAGUGAAUAAAAUAGUAAAUAUGCAGCAUAAUGUGGCUAAUCAAUUUAGCUUCGAUUUCAGACAGAUUUUAAUUGAUGAAAUUGCUUUGGAAGGUUUAGAAGGCAUUGAUAUUGAUCUCCUAUGGAGACGUGUGGAAAAGAGAAUUUCUAGCCCACUUACAGAUAAAAUGAAGAAACGUUAUUGGGAUUUUAUUGCUUCCUCGCCUAGUUUAUCCUUUUACGAACUCUCUCAGCCUGCGCCCUAUUUGGAAAUCAAAGACAGAUUUACAAUAAUUGACGAAGAAUCUGGCAAUUUGAAGGACCCUGAAGAUUUUCUAGACGGGCCUUAUGAAUAUAAACCAGUGGAAAAUGAGUUUGGUUCCUGUGCUGGAUUUAAUGAUCGGAAAUUGAUUAAGGAUAUUUCUUUAUUGUCUUAUGAGGAUGUGAUCUUGACUUACAAUAGGACAUUAGUGAUUGUAGCUUCUAAAGAAGAGAGAUUCAGGGCUUUGGCCCCACAUAUCCCCUAUACAGUAAUAGCAUCAUUAACUCCAUUGCAUUACUGUUUGUUAGAAUUGAUUGGUAGGAGUAGAGAAAAUGGACAAAUGACUGUAGGCAAAACGAAUUUAAUGAAAAUUAACAAAGACUCCAAAAUGCUGUUUUACCAUAGGAAAUACCUCAAAUUCAUGGAUGCAAUAAGAGUAACGAAGGUAACACAAAAGAUUGGCGACCGAGGGGUCAUGAGCAACAUUUUGCGUUUACGAAGAUUCCACUGUUCCACAACUAUGAGUCAGCCUAAAGCAGGCCCCAUCCAUAACGUAGUUGAGCUGUUAAAAACACAAGAAAACUAUUCUGAGGCACUCGACACAGUUAUACAAAAAGGCGUCUUGGCAGGCAUACAGAGAAAGAGGAAAUAUCAAAAGGCCUACCGUAUAUUUGAAUUUUCCGAGAAAGAGGUAAUGAUUGAAAAUAAAAAAAAGAUGAAAGUGCCCGUGAAAAGGCGGUACAUCUCCAUAUCUACUAAGAGCGAUUCUUCUUCGAGUUCUGAUGAGGAAACCAAUCAGCCAGUCUUGAAGUGUCAAUACAAAGUUGGCAUGCCCUUAUUGAGACAAGCCUUCCUCCAGUUAUAUAAAGCAGGGCUGAAGGGUUUGACACAAGUAGAAUUGGCACAACUGUUAGGCACCGAAUUUUAUACAAUCAGAAACAUAUGCAAAAUACUUAAGUCUAACAAACUGGUGAAAGAAGUUUAUGAAGAUAAAGGCAGGCAAAGGACUGCCAGGCUUAUUGUUAUAGGCUCCGGAUCCGCUAACAAUGUUAACGUUGAAUAUGAAGAAGAAUGGCGGAAAUUUCUCGAGUAUCGCGCCCAAUAUAUGCUUGAAACUGUAAAUGAUAUUAAUAGGGAAAACCCAACAACAAACACUGAAAGUUUUGAUAAGUCCGAUAAUAUGUCAGAUAAAGAUGAAGAUUGGCAUGAUAUAGUAACUGAAAUGAAAAAGGUAGAAGGUCUAGAAGGUUAUGAUCUGGACAAUAUUUCACUGUUGAGUUCUAACAAGAACCUAACUUUGAGGCAGUUGAAGUAUGCUAAUGGGAUAAUUAAGGUGCUCGAAGAAAAAUUAGCUGUAGCUGGGUACCAAGUGCUAAAUAAUUUAGUAGCCGCGGACGUUGGAGAAGCACCAAUGGACACAAGAGCUAUGAAAGUAUUGUUACAAAAACUUAUGACUGAUGGUUUAGUAAAAAUAUUCAAAAUAAAGUGGCCCGAUCAAUCUAAAUACACAGUUUAUAUGUGUCCCGUACAUGUAUUUGGCAACCAUCCAAUUUUUAAACAAAAAUAUAAAGAAAUCUUAGACAAAAUAUAUGUAUCCAAAGACACUGGCGUCACUAAACAAAUAUCCAAGAGCGAAGGGAACAAGUCCCUGUCACGGUAUUUUAUCCCUAGGUUUUUUAAAGUGCGGAAAUUUCACGAGUUCAUCUUCGAUCUGGCGUACUGCAAUGACGCAAAAAAAGAUUCUAAAUUACCUAUUGGAUUCGAAUAUCUGAAUAAUGUUAUUCCGGAGAUGACGUUAGAAUUUGCUCUGGGUAAUAUCAACUUGUAUACGCAGAUCAAUCUUACUAACAAACAAGUAUCUGAUAAUAUUAAUACAAAACUAAAAGAUCUACCAAGAGAAAUUGCUCUAGAAAUCAUGUAUGCAAACACCUUUAGAAAUUCACUACGGGAAAAUUUGAGAGUCUUAGCCUUUUUUGGCCUUAUACAAAUAAUUAAUCAACCAGUUACAGUAAGUUUUGAUACGAUUAUGUAUUUCGUGAACAGACAUCCUAAAAUUGUUGAUACAUCUGGUGUGUGGCCUAGGGCAGACGUAGAUAUAAGCACAUUGGAAUAUAACUACUACUUAGGCAAUAUGGAAGAUGUGUUUGAAUUUUGGAAUUCAAUGUUUCAAAUUAGCAGCAAUACGAAAAUAACGCUAGAAAAACGAGAAGCAUGUCGGAUAAAACCUCCAGUCAGGGUAAUGGAUGAAGUACGACAAUAUGAUAAUGGUGAAAGACUAGGCGACGGAAAUGGUCCAUGCGGCUACGAUUCUAGUCUCUACCUGGACGUACCUAGACUAUGGCAUCAAAACGCACCAGCUAAGCAAUCCUCCAAACCAAUUAAAAAGCCUGUGCAAAUACCAAAAUUGACGAAAAAGAAAUUACAAAUACAAAAGAAAAAACCUAAUAUCGUCGUAGAUAAAGAAAAGUACAAAACGAGAGUUAGGGAACUCAAAGAAUUUAAAAUUCCAAUAUUCCGAGGGAAAAAACAAGUAAUGAUCAAUUCAGGAGUUUGGUCCAACCUAGACGACCUCAUUAUUUCUUUGGCAAAAGUUGCAUACACCAUAAUGAAUCCUACGACACAGGCUGGUUCCUUUAGACUCAGAAACAUAGUAGUAAAAGAAAUUUUCUCAAUAAAUGACCCGGCAAAAACAUCGGCAAUGUGUCACCUUCGCGCCUCGCUAUUGGACCAGGACAGCAAGUGGGCAUACGAAAAACAACAUUUGUUAAACGAGUUUAGUAAACGGCGCACUUUAUGUAAAAAGUAUGAAGGAUUAUUGAAGAAGUUAAAAUUGCGUAAUUCGGCAAAUAUUUCAAAAUACUUUAACGAAGCGAAAUUAGCGAUGAUGGAAUUGAUAUGGAUAUUGUUACAAAUAACACGGACCGAAUCGUACAAGCGGCGGACACCGUGUGUGGCAACUAGUACCGAGGACUUCCACAAUAAAUAUUCUAUACGCAAAAUUUCUGAUAAUAAAGCUCACAAUUUGUACAACAUGCCAAAUGCUACAGAUGCUGAAACUACUCUAAAAGAAUGCGUAUUAUUAACGGUGGCAAUGUCUUACAAUAGAGAAGUGCCAAUUAAUAUUGCAAAGAAAAUUUAUGUUUUAUUUAAAACUUAUCCAGAAAGGUUGCUGAGGAAAUCAAUAGAUGAAUUGCGGAAAUGUCAAGCGAUAAGUGCGAAGGAGAAGCUAAGUAACAGUAAAGUGAAUAAGAUGAAUUUUCAGGACUUGGUUGAGAGUGCAUACAAACUAUCAGCCGGGUACUACCGGCGGUGGAUAUGUAAAUUGAAUGCUGAAUUCCUGGACGCUGUCAUUGAAGCAUUCGCAUUACAACUACCAGCGGAGGAGCUGAAAGGCGGAUCAGGCAUUAACUGUUAUUGCCUGGAACUAGAAUCUGAAGGCUUACUAGAAGUUUCUCCUGCGCACGCGCCGCAGCUGAUCGGCGGCACGGACUCUUUCGCACAGGAAGAUAAUGUUUAUGGUAUGGACACCAACUACAAGUUGAAGUCUGGAACGGUUCAUGUAAGGAGUAAAACAAAUGAUAAGAAAAUCUUUUUUGAAAAUAGUGAAUUAGAGGAGUUUUGGAAUGAAAUUCAAAGGAACGCUCUUAUAACUUACCCACUCAUUGACGUUGAUACAGAACAAGACGAUAUUGUUAGUUUUCUGAAAGACAAACAAGAAAGUGGUGCCACAUUUGCCGAAUUACAGGAAUUCACGAAAUGUGAUACAAAGAGCCUCUUCGAGCGUCUGAUAGCGUUGGAGUCGAAGCACUUUAUAAAACGAGUGGGUUUCUACGAUAACCGCAUUGUACACAUAAUGUACGCAAAAUCCUGGGCUAUGACAAUAGACAAUAAUAGUUUUUUACCAUCCCCGUGGAUAACAUUACACGGGACUGUACGCCACGAGUUAUUUUUCAAAUGGGCUAACGUAAUAUUGUAUAAAGUAUUUGAACACCCUGGUAUUUCUAUACAGUCAUUGUGUCAAAUGUGCGAAUUGAUAACGGCCAAGUCCGUGCAAGAUAUAUGUAUUUUCUUAAUGCGAUGUGAAUGUGUAAGAAUGCAUGGCAUAAAAUGUCAAGUAGUCGACCUUUUCUCUGACGACGAUUGUGUUGAAGAAUUAACCGCUUACAAUCCGUACGAUUCUCCCAAGAAUAUUAUCGUGUUUCCCACUAAAACUGUAUUGACUAAAUAUGCAUCAAUAAGAAAGUAUAUUAAUUUAUAUAAAAGUGAAGAAAAGAAUUGCUAGAAAUAUUAUUUAAUGAAAUAUUCUCUCUUGUACAUACAUUAUAUGUAUAUUUCUUUUUAGUUUAAGUGAUAUUUAAAAAUGUAUUUAAAUUUUGUUCACGGACUAAUUUGAACUCUGGCUUAUAACUAGUACUAUAAGU